AUGACGGAUUCUGCGACAUCGUCUUCUGGAGCCUCCGCCACGACGUCAUCUGAAUUGAAAAUUGAGGAUUUAUUUCAUCAGAAACGGAAUGAGGACUCGAUUACCAAGAUAUUUUCAGCGAUUUAUGCGCCAGUUGGAAUCAUCAUAUUCCUGUUCCGCUGUUUCCUUGGAUUCCACACGUUCCUCGUCGCGUGCCUCCUCCGAAAAUCUGGCGUUUUUCGAAUGCACGCUCUACGGACGAUGUGCUCGAUUCUGGGAAUUGUGGUGGAGAAGAGAGGGGAGAGAGACGAGACAGCACGAGUGCUGUGCGCGAAUCACGUAUCAAUUCUGGAUCAUCUGGCAAUUGAUAUUCUGACGCCGUGCCUUCUUCCAUCGGUUUGGGACAUCCCAUCCGUCAUUCGAUGGUGCUUCGGAUACGUGGAUUUGGGUGCGGCACGUGGCAGAGACCAUCUUGUUAAUGGGGCGAAAAAGCUGCUUGCCAAAGAGACCGAAAUGCCACUUCUGGCAUUUCCCGAAGGAAUUAUCACCAGCGGAGAGAAGGCGUUGAUCAAGUUUAACACAUGGGCAUUCGAAGUGGCCCCUAUCGUCCAGCCGGUCUCCGUGCGUGUCUGGCGUCCGUAUCCAUGGAAAGUGGCUGUUUCGGUGCUCGGUGCCACGUGGUGGACCGAUUUGUUCUACUUUUUCGCCCUUCCAUUUACAGUAAUCUCGGUGGAGUACCUGCCGAAAAUGGAGAAAAAAGAGGAGGAAUCGCUCGACGAGUUCACCGCCCGUGUUGCCGAAACUCUCGCGGCGAAUUUGAAAAUUUCGGUGUCGAAAUUUGGAAUUUCCGAUGCUUCUGAAGCGGCGAAACGUCUUCGAACCGACCAGGAGCGCGCCAGAAAGGUUGUCAACAAGGAGAAGACGUCGCCACGCCUCCAAGACGCUCGUCAGAUGGACGAAUGCGCGAUGCGCAUCAAACAGUCGUUUCCCACAUUCCACCUAUCAGCGAUUCGACGAGAUCUAGAGAAAACGCGGAGUCAAACGGCCACAGUUAACAAUUUGAAGGCUGGCAAGAUUACGGUAUCCGCAGCAGAUGGACAAGUCGGAAAGGUCACUCUGGACGCCUCCUCGUGGCGUGGCGUGUUCGACAAUCGGAAAUGGCAAAUGAUCGAGACGAAUCGCCAGAAGUACAUGGAUAGAGGGGUGGAGGACGAUAAUUAG